UUUUUAAAAUUCUAACCUUGCCAUCCCAUUCACAUCUUUCUUUACAAGUUUUUUGAAAUAAAUAAUCGUUUAGUUGUGAUAUUUUUACCAAGUUAUCUAUAUAGAGGGCAGGGGUAACUAACUACGUCGUCCUAGCUUUUUUUACUUUCAAGGAAUGUUCCUUACUUCCCUUACGAGAAGCUAACGUACAAUAAUAAAUACCUUCUACAUAGUAACAAAUCGAAAGUUGCAUGAUACCACAACAACGACAGCGAAGAGCGAAGACGUGUCGUGAUAAACUGCUAUCCAAUCGGCUUUAAAUCAAGAUGACUUGGGAUAUCACUGAAGACUUCCAAUACGUGGUGACCGAGCAAGUGCCCCCACGGAUAUGCUUCGGGACGGGUCUAGAGCGCGCGACGCUGCCCAUGUCUGGCCCCGCCGUCAGCCCCUUCAUGAGACGCACCCUGCCUGAAGUAGUUCCGAAUAGGGGGCCUGGGCUGUACGAGGCGAGAGACGGCUUUUAUGAUGUCACUCAUAGGAUAAUAAGUACACGGGGACUAGGCUCCAAGGAGCCCCGGUGGAAGUCGAAGCACGAGUACCAGCCCCCGCCGCAGGGGCCGCCACUGCCGAAGCCCGUCAAGCCAUACUGCGCCCCCUUUAACUCUACUUCUAAAAGAAAAGGACUCUUCAAAUCUACCGCCUCUCCAGCACCGUGUGACUAUUUACCGGAGUACAAGAAGAGAAAUAUGAAGUUUGCUUACAGUUUUGGCGGCAAAAAAGUUCUAAGAUGUCCCGUAAUGAUAAAAUGCGUGCCCUACAACCUGGACGAGUGCGCUGUGUGCGGGUGCUCAUGCUCGGCGCAGGGCGACUACUGGCAGUUUGAGGACCGUCUGGCUCUCUGCAGGAAGCACUACGAUAGACUCUUCAAGCACUGCCUGGCGCGGUACCAGGGCUGCAAGCUGGCGGAUUUUAAGUCGGUGAGAGAUUGCUUCUUCGCGCACGCACACAACAGUUGCAAAGCGGCUCUGAAGAUUAUGACCACUGAAGAUAUUAACAAGAAACUCAGGAAAGAAGCAUAUCUUGACCUCUAUUUCCCCCAGCGGAGGUUUUGCGAGCAGUGAUAAAAACAGAUUCUUUAUUUUAUUUAGUCACUUCUUUUCCUUCUUUUAUGCUUAUUUUCAUUGUAACAGCCUGUAUGUAUGGUACCUUUCAGAUCAUUAUAUACAUACUAAUUAUUUUGUACAUUAUUUACUUACCUAGGUUUUAAUAAACUGAAAAUAUCGUCUCA